AGCUAGCAAGCAAUUUUGAUCACCCCAACUUGCUUUUGGCAAGCAUUUUCAAAUUUGUUUCUUCAGUCUGAUUCUCAAAUAUAGAGGUCCCAACUUUUUCCUUUUGCAGUUUCCAUAAGUUAGGUGCUACGAAAAGGAAGACAAUACUUUAUUCUGUUGCUGGGACCAUUGGCUUUAGCUUAUUAACAAUACUCAAGACUAUUGUUUUCUUGUUUUUGCUCGAGAUUUGCGAGACCUUGUUUUAAUAUGGGUUGAAACCUGUGCAGAUUGUAGCAAUCAAUUUGGUCAACUUAAACUGAGAACUUCUAGGUAUGUGUUAGAUCUGAAAAGAGAUACUCGCUCCUCCCUUGUGAAUCUCUUUGCUUGGACACGGAAUUUAAGAAAAAAUAAAGUUUUUUUUGUAAUUUGUGGUCCUAAACAAAUCAAAUAGGAAUCAAGAGUAUUUGUGUGGUAAAAGUUUUUCGGUAAGAGUAGAAUUAAAAAUUUAAGUUAUAUUGUUUCCAAAUUUCGAAAGAGGUCAUUCUUUUUAUAAGGGACUAAAAAAUAAAUAGGUUCAACUGGAAGAGAGGGAGUAGUAUAAACUUAAUAAAGAAAUGAAUCUAUUUCCCAAAAUUUGAUCUACCCAUGGUUACUUUCUUCUUGCUUCCUACACCAAGAAUAUAUCUUUUACUAGUAUUCCAUCUUCAGAAAAGGAAUCGGGGUGAUUUAAAGACUCAAGAUUCUUGGUAUUAAACUGUCAAUGGCAAAAGAUCAAGCUUCCCUUUUCAGUUUUCGAUCUUGUUGCUGCAUUCUUGUUUUUCUCUGUGCCUUCUCGUCCAUUCCUCUCCUCUACUGGUCUUACUCCUUUGGCUAUGGCUAUUCCUAUAUCCAAAUGACAGUGAACAAUGAAAACAAACCAAUUAAUCUCCUUACAUUCUCAAAAGCUUGGAACCAUCUUGUCUUUUCAUCAAAACAACCUCAAAAAUUCCUUAAAAUUGCUCUGUUUGUCAAGAAGUGGCCAGAUGAACAACACGCCGGAGGACUUGAACGACACGCCUUAACGCUCCAUCUCGCCUUAGCCAAACGCGGACACGAGCUUCAUAUCUUCACAGCUUCAUCAUCCAACUCAUCUUUGCCUUUACAUACCCCAAUGAGGAAUCUCCGUUUUCACAUCUCGAGGCCUACUGCUGCCGGAUAUCUUGAUCAAGCUGUUAUUUGGAAGCAAUUUCAAGCAGAAAACGCGACAGAAAGGCCAUUUGAUGUGAUUCAUACAGAGAGUGUAGGCCUCAGGCAUACUAGAUCAAAUAACCUGAAUAAUCUUGCGGUUAGCUGGCAUGGAAUUGCUUAUGAAACUAUACAUUCUGAUAUCAUACAAGAACUUCUACGAAACACUAAAGAUCCAGAAUCAAAUACUUUGACUGAAAGAGUAAAGAAGGUUAUCGAAGAGGUAAAGUUUUUCCAAAGUUAUGCUCACCAUGUUGCCACGAGCGAUCAUGCAGGAGAUGUACUUAAAAGGAUCUAUAUGAUCCCAGAAGAACGCGUUCAUGUCAUUCUAAAUGGAGUCAAUGAGGAAAUAUUCAAGCCUGAUAUUUCAAAGGGCAAUGAGUUUAGGUUAAACCUAGGUAUUCCAAAAUCAAAGUCCCUAAUCUUGGGGUUAGCCGGGAGGUUGGUGAAAGAUAAGGGACAUCCUUUAAUGUUUGAAGCCUUAAAACAAAUUUUCGACGAAAACUCAACAUUCAGGGACAGUGUUAUUGUACUAGUUGCUGGAAAUGGUCCGUGGGGUGCUCGAUACAAAGACCUCGGGUUAAAUAAUGUGAUGGUUUUAGGACCACUAGAACAGGCUCAACUAGCAGGAUUCUAUAAUACAAUAGAUGUAUUCAUAAACCCGACAUUAAGAGCUCAAGGUUUGGAUCAUACUUUGUUGGAAGCAAUCCUAACUGGUAAGCCUUUGAUAGCGACGAAACUUGCCAGUAUUACGGGGUCUAUUAUUGUUAGUAACGAGAUGGGGUAUACAUAUGCACCUACAGUAGGGGAACUGAAGAAAGUUUUGUAUGAGGUUUUGGAGGAUGGAAGGGAAAUUCUGAAGCAGAAAGGGAGAUUUGCUAGGGAUAGAGGUUUGAAGUUGUUUACUGCUACAAAAAUGGCUGCAGCGUAUGAAAGGCUUUUUCUUUGUAUCUCAGGUUAUGUAAAGCAAGCAAAAAAGCAUGACAACUAUUGUAUUUACCAACCUCAGUUUAAUUGACAGAGGGUCCUAUAUAUAUAUAUAUAUAUAUAUAUAUUCUGUUUUAGUCUAUAUGAUGUGGUCUCGAAACUGUAGAAGGUAUUUUAUUGGAUGUUGACUA